AUGCACGAGGUGCACAGCGGCGCGUGCGGAAAUCAUUCUAGCGGAAGGUCACUUGCGAUCAAGAUAAAACAGCACGAUUACUUCUGGCCUACGAUGGUUAAGGACUGCGAGAAGUUUACGGCGAAGUACGAGAAGUAUCAACGGCACACGCCUACAAUCCACCAACCUACCGAGCUGCUAUCGUCGAUUUCGUCACCUUAUCCCUUCAUGAGAUGGUCAAUGGAUAUAGUCGGGCCUCUACAUCGAUUAAAGCAGAAGCGCUUUCUGCUCGUCCUCACGGAUUAUUUUUCUAAAUGGGUCGAGGCUGAUUCUUACGCGAGCAUAAAGGACGCUCAAGUCGAACACUUCAUCUGGAAAAAUAUCAUCUGCCGACACGGGGUCCCCUACGAAAUAGUCACCGAUAACGGAUCCCAGUUUAUCUCAACUCGCUUUGAAGCUUUCUGCGAGAAAUGGAAAAUUCGUCUGAGCAAAUCUACGCCAAGAUAUCCCCAAGGGAAUGGACAAGUCGAAGCAGCCAACAAAACGAUCCUAGACGGUCUAAAAAGAGGCUCGACGUUAAGAAAGGGCGAUGGGCAGACGAACUCGAAGGAGUCCUUUGGUUGCACCGGACAACUCCGCGCCGAGCCACUGGAGAAACUCCGUUUGCUCUAG